ACACAUAGACAAGCACUCUGUGCUGGUGAGACAUGGCUACAAUGCAGUUGUUACUCAUUAUCUGUUUAGCUGCUUUUUGCAAUGGCUUUACUUCUGUGAGAUUACACAGGAGACCUCCUGACACUGAUGUCUCUGUGGCUGAACGCCGGUUUCUUCAAAAGCUCGACCACUUCAAUGGAGCAGACACUAGAGUUUGGCAUCAGAGAUAUUUUGUGAAUGAUACUUUCGUGCAGCCUGGAGGUCCUGUAUUCCUCAUGAUUGGUGGUGAAGGAGAAGCUAAUCCAACUUGGAUGCAAUAUGGUUCCUGGCUGACAUAUGCCCAGAAACUAGGAGCCUUUUGCCUCCUGCUAGAGCACCGCUUCUAUGGCGAAAGUCAACCAACUCUCGAUAUGAAACUGGAAAAUCUUCGCUUCCUUAGCAGCAGACAGGCCCUGGCAGACCUUGCCCACUUUCAGACUGUUCUGAGCCAGGAUUUAGGUUUGAGUGGUCGGAAAUGGGUAGUGUUCGGAGGUUCCUAUCCUGGAUCUCUAGCAGCAUGGUACCGAAUGAAAUAUCCUCACUUGGCGUAUGCGGCAGUGGCUAGCAGUGCCCCUGUAAAUGCUGUAGUGAAUUUUCCUGAAUACUUGGAAGUGGUACAGGCCUCAUUGGCUAGAAACCAUUCUUCUUGUCCCAAAACAAUGAAAGUGGCUUUUGAUUCAUUGAUUCAGCUGCUGGCAUACAAGGAAAAUUAUGAGAAACUUACAGAGCAUUUCAGACUCUGUGUGAUGCUUGAGAUAAACUCCAUAAUGGACAACACCUUCUUCCUUGAAACAAUUGCUGAAUUCAUUAUGGAUAUUGUCCAGUACAACAAUGACAAUAGGGAAUUUGAGGGUGGAAAGGGUGGAAAUGUUACGAUUGAGGUGAUUUGUGACCUCAUGGCUAAAGAAUCUCUGGGUGCACCAUAUGAUAGAUUUGUUGCUGUUGUCCAAACCAUCUUAGAAGCUACAAAGCAAACUUGUAUCAGUGCAGAAUACAAGAAAUUUAUCAUGGAUAUGAAAGACUACAGCUGGAAAGGAAUUGCGUCCCAGGGAGGAAGACAGUGGUUAUACCAAACAUGCACAGAAUUUGGAUUUUUCCAGUCUACAGAUUCGUUGUCUCAGCCUUUUUCUGGUUUCCCUCUAAGUUAUUAUGUCCAGCAAUGCAAAGAUAUUUUUGGCCCAGGAUUCAGUCUGUCCUCAAUUACUGAUGCUGUCCAACAAACAAAUGAAUAUUAUGGAGGACUUAAUAUCCAGAGCAGCAGAAUUAUUUUCCCAAAUGGCCUAAUUGACCCGUGGCAUGCAUUGGGAAUUAAUUCAAACAUCAGUUAUGAUGUAGUUGCCAUUCAGAUGCAAGAUGCUGCUCACUGUGCUGAUAUGUAUCCAGAGCGACCUGAAGAACCAUUGGCUGUGCCAGUAGCAAGAAGGUCCAUCUUCACUCUGCUCACGAAGUGGCUGCAGUCAUGAGUUGUGCUACUUUGUAUGGAUUUAGCUUGUUUAAUUUUUGUCACAUUUUAUUGUGUAAUGUCUGGAACAUUCAUGGAAUAAUAUAAAGCACAAGUACACGAUCUGUUAAAUGAAUCGACAGUGUUUAUGCCAUUUGUAAUCCACUAAAUUACAGAAAGUUUUAUUGGAUGUAAUGAAUGUAUAGAAUAAACGCUUAUUUUUGCAAAAUCA